AGGGGGAUUGACAUCCAGAGGAGAAACACCAUUAAUUAAUCAAUAAAAAGCACAAAAAAUAAAGAGAAAAAUGGCCCAGACUUUGGGAGUCACAGCUGUUGUUCUCACCGUAUUUUGCUUGUGCUCUUUGGCAAAUGCCGACGGAGGCAGAAUUAGUGAAAUCCUUGUCCAAGGCAAGGUGUACUGUGAUCCCUGCCGUGUCCAAUUCCAAACCAGAAUCAGCGAACCCAUCGAAGGUGCCACAGUAGCCUUGCAAUGCAGGAGCCGCAUAAAUUCAACGGUCUUAUACACAGUUGAACGCAAGACUGGUAAGGAUGGCCUUUACACUAUUCCCGUGGAUGAGGACUACGCAGAGGAGAUCUGCGAGGUGAAGACAGUGAGCAGCCCUAGGGCGGAUUGCAACGACCGUUUCGAUAAGUUUGAGAAGGCUAGAGUUUUGAUCACAUACAACAAUGGUGUUGCCUCCACGGCUCGUUAUGCCAAUCCCCUUGGGUUCAUGAAGAAGGAAGCAGUUCUUGAGUGCGAGAAAGUACUCAAGGAACUGUUUCCCGAGGAGCAGACCGAUGAGUGAAAACAUAUAGAAGCUCCAUAUGUACCAUCACUUCUAUGAAUAAUAUAUAAUUUGUGGGAAGAAAUCCCCAAUCUAA